GUUUAUUUUUAGUGCCGUCCGUCCGGCUCAGUUGCAAACCACCCCGUGUUGAGGGCUGCGUUUCAGAUUGCCCUCGUGGCGGGAUGGCAGAUCCUUCAGAUGCGGUGUUUGGUCAAGCGGAGUCUACGCGAGAAGCCCCACCCUACCUGGACUUGUCAAGCCCGCUUGACGCUCAACUUCCCUGCCUUCUGUACCACAACUGCAGCAAAUACCAUGAUUUUGCUGCUGCGGAACGUUAAGGCCUUGUGCAGAGCUUCCGCUCCUAGAUCCUUCGUCGCGUAGACGACGAUAAUCGGAAUCUUGAAGAGUUGGAUCCCCACAUGCGCGCCGGAUGGAGCGCUUCCGUCAGAGUAGCUCUCCACCUAUUUUCUGGACCGGGGUGGCGAAUGGGGAGAGGAGUCAAGGCAAGAAAAGACCUAGUAUCGGUCGGGCAGCCGAGAGCUUCCAGAGCAAACUCAUCGCAUCAUUCAAGAGCGUGAGGAAGAGGUCAGAAGAAAAUGAGCAAGAAAAGACAAGUUCGUUCCUGGUGGGGCUCUUUCGUCUGCCCAGCGAGAUCCAUAUCCACAUUCUCUCCGAACUUUGCAUAUCGGACUUACUUGCUCUCCGAAGGACUUCCCAUGCAUUGAACGACCUCAUUUCAACAUGCGGUGCGUCUCUCGUCCGCUUCUGGGUGAAGAAUAAACUCGGUUCGCUUCACACAAAGCUGUAUCCACCGCCACCCCCGAAUCAGGCGGCUCUCCAGUAUCUCUUGGCCAUGAGAAGGCGACACAUCGCCUCCAUUCGGCUGACCCGAGAACUGGCCAACUUCGUACUUAGAGACACGUUGAAGCACACCAGUCAGCGCCAAAAGCAGAUGUGGAAUUCUGUAUAUGAAAAGAUGAUUCCAUUGGUGUUCGCCGUGGGUUACUUCCUCGAAGAGCAUCGCCGAGCAAUCCUGGAAAGAGAUCUCGGACGGAUUCGGCCUCGGUCCAACAUUGCAUACGAUAUUUGCACCACUCCUGGUAUUACGAGCCAGGAAAGGAAGAUCAUGAAGCGGUUGGACCCACCCAUGCGUUUGCAGUACUUUUACAUGUACUGCUUCAUCGUCCAAGUACUCACCCGCAAGCUACGGCCCCCAACGUAUGCCGGCUCGGUCGAGAAGUUCGUACGAGGAUGGACGGCACACCCCGCUUCUUCGGAAGACAUUGCGUUUGUGUUAGUGCUCGGUGGCGUCAGUCAGGUCGCCAAGUUGUUGGCCUGCAGGAACUACAGUGAGCGGCGACGACUCCUGCACAACUUCAUCACACGGCUCUCUCCGUAUGAGAGCACAGCAUGGAGAGGUCACUGGAGGGAUAUUGGUGUGAGCUCUCCUGCUCUACUGGACGAUAUCCCUUGUGCGAGUAUUGGUAUCACACAACUCGACCAGAUAUGGGAACCGCUCAUCGUUGAGAUGAUGAAGCCGGACAGCAGGACGUUUACCGAAAACCAAAAAUUAAGGUACGAGGAGGUGAAAACAUCGAAGAAAUUUAUUAAUGAGUUAAUGGGCUAUGACAUUUUGAGGGGGCGGCCGGCCGAUGGUGAUGAUUCGGAUGGUGAUGAAGGGGAGAUGUAGGAUUAAACUUUGUACCCUAUCAAUGUACCAAAGAUUUGUGGACUACUUCAGGGGGCUGAUAUUGGGCGACGUAGGAAUGCUGAUUCUUCCUAUUAUUGGCGGGUGGACCCGUGAGCUAUUUCCCCUGGUCUGG